GUAGCAUUUGUAUUUGGCAACGCAUUUCACACUUUGAGUGGUGAAAAUCUCUCUGACGCACAACUCAAAAAAACUGGGCAACUGUAACCGAAAACCGAAAUCAUUGGAAAAUCUGUGAAAAUGUCGACGGAAAAUAGAGAGUGCGAUGAUGAAUUUGAGCGGCCCAGCAGGACCCUGGUUUUGAUAAUCUUCACCCUCGCCGUUUUCCUGAAGUUGUGCAUCAUUCUGGUGGAAAUUAUGGUGUGAGGG